AGAGCUCCCAAGGACAUGAAUCAACAAUCAGCUAACAGCCUGGAAGCCUCCGCGCCACCGCCGGGCCAGCGGGAUAGCCCGAGCGCGCCCAGGACGAGCCCCGAGCGGGAGCUGCCCGCCUCGGCCGCCGGUCCGCCGCCGCCACGAGUGCCCAGGUCUGCCUCCACUGGCGCGCCAACUGCCCAGCCCGCGGGCGCCAGAGCCUGCGAGGCCGAGCGGCCCGGCGCGGGAUUUUGCCAACCGAGCGGCCCGCUGGUGCAGGCGACCUCCGCGGCCCUCCGGGACUUCGGCCAAGGUCACGGAGCGCAGGCCAGCCCCCCUUCGGCGGGCAACGCGCUACACUGCAAGAUCCCAGCCCUGCGCGGCCCCGAGGAGGAUGCGAGCGUGAGUGUGGGCAAGGGCAGCCUGGAGCGCAACAAUACCCCGGCUGUGGGCUGGGUGAACAUGAGCCAGAGCACCGUGGUGCUGGGGACCGAUGGCAUCGCGUCGGUGCUCCCGGGCAGCGUGGCCGCCACUGCCACCCAGGAGGACGAGCAAGGGGAUGAGAAUAAGGCCCGAGGGAACUGGUCCAGCAAACUGGACUUCAUCCUGUCCAUGGUGGGGUACGCAGUGGGGCUGGGCAAUGUCUGGAGGUUUCCCUACCUGGCCUUCCAGAACGGGGGAGGCGCUUUCCUCAUCCCCUACCUGAUGAUGCUGGCCCUGGCUGGCUUGCCUAUCUUCUUCCUGGAGGUGUCACUGGGCCAGUUCGCCAGCCAGGGACCCGUGUCUGUGUGGAAGGCCAUUCCAGCUCUGCAGGGCUGUGGCAUCGCGAUGCUCAUCAUCUCCGUCCUCAUUGCCAUAUACUACAACGUGAUCAUCUGCUACACACUCUUCUACCUUUUUGCCUCCUUUGUGUCUGCGCUGCCCUGGGGCUCCUGCAACAACCCUUGGAACACGCCAGAAUGCAAAGACAAAACCAAACUCCUGUUAGAUUCCUGCGUGAUCAGUGAACACCCCAAAAUUCAGAUUAAGAACUCAACUUUCUGCAUGACAGCCUAUCCGAACUUGACAAUGAUUAACUUCACUAGUCAGGCCAAUAAGACGUUUGUCAGUGGGAGCGAAGAGUACUUCAAGUACUUUGUGCUGAAGAUUUCUGCGGGGAUUGAAUAUCCGGGUGAGAUCCGGUGGCCCCUGGCCUUCUGUCUCUUCCUAGCAUGGGUGAUCGUGUACGCAUCCCUGGCAAAAGGAAUCAAGUCGUCAGGAAAAGUGGUGUAUUUCACGGCCACGUUCCCGUACGUCGUGCUGGUCAUCCUCCUCAUCCGAGGGGUCACCCUGCCCGGAGCUGGAGCUGGCAUCUGGUAUUUCAUCACGCCAAAGUGGGAGAAGCUCACCGACGCCACAGUGUGGAAAGAUGCUGCCACGCAGAUCUUCUUCUCCCUGUCUGCGGCCUGGGGAGGGCUCAUCACCCUGUCUUCUUACAACAAGUUCCACAACAACUGUUACAGGGACACCUUAAUCGUAACCUGCACCAACAGCGCCACAAGCAUCUUUGCUGGAUUUGUCAUCUUCUCCGUCAUCGGCUUCAUGGCCAACGAGCGCAAAGUCAACAUUGAGAAUGUGGCUGAUCAAGGGCCUGGCAUCGCAUUUGUGGUUUACCCAGAAGCCUUGACCAGGCUGCCUCUCUCUCCGUUCUGGGCCAUCAUCUUUUUUCUGAUGCUUCUAACCCUUGGACUUGACACUAUGUUUGCCACCAUCGAGACUAUAGUGACCUCCAUCUCCGACGAGUUCCCCAGGUACCUGCGCACACACAAGCCCGUGUUCACCCUGGGCUGCUGCAUCUGCUUCUUCAUCAUGGGCUUUCCGAUGAUCACUCAGGGUGGGAUUUACAUGUUUCAGCUGGUGGACACCUAUGCUGCCUCCUACGCACUCGUCAUCAUCGCCAUAUUUGAGCUCGUCGGGAUCUCCUACGUGUACGGCUUGCAGAGAUUCUGUGAAGACAUAGAGAUGAUGAUUGGAUUCCAGCCCAACAUUUUCUGGAAAGUCUGCUGGGCCUUCGUCACCCCCACCAUUUUAACCUUCAUCCUUUGCUUUAGCUUUUACCAGUGGGAGCCCAUGACCUAUGGCUCCUAUCGCUACCCUAACUGGUCCAUGGUGCUCGGAUGGCUGAUGCUCGCCUGCUCCGUUAUCUGGAUCCCGAUAAUGUUUGUGAUCAAAAUGCAUCUGGCCCCUGGCAGAUUCAUCGAGAGGCUGAAGUUGGUGUGCUCGCCACAGCCCGACUGGGGCCCGUUCUUGGCUCAGCAUCGCGGGGAGCGCUACAAGAACAUGAUCGACCCCUUGGGGACCUCUUCCCUGGGACUCAAGCUGCCAGUUAAGGAUGUGGAACUGGGCUCCCAGUGCUAG